AGAGCCUCUUAAACGACUUUUUUUUUUUUCUUUCUUUCUGUCUCUUAUCUUAUUUCCUCCUUCUGCCGACACUGCCGGAUAACGGUUUACGGCGGCGUCGGUGACAGUUGACCAUUUUGAAAGUAUUCCCUGCUGCAUGUGCCGUACGCCGUACGGGAUUUAAUGCUCGGUGCUCUUCAUUUACUGCGCGGUUUUUUUUUUUUUGAGGAGAGCCGUAGCAAUCACCACCGAGAAACUUGCAUCGGUGCGACGUUUCAUCUACAGGGGACAUCGUAACGGACGCUCGUCGAGCCUUCGAUGCGCACUCCUCCAAAGUGCGCAGUUUCGCAGACCUUCGUUGUUCCGUGUUCUCAGCUGUCCCGAUGAACUUGUGCCAAGCGUGUGAGCUGGAAAUGCAGUGAUCAAAACAUCAAAUAGCUGAAGAGAAAAUGUCUGAGGUUGACAGCAUUCAGUCUGCCCAGGAGCCUCCCACACAAGUGGACUCCACAUUUUUGCUGCUGGAGGAGAAUAUUUUCAGUUUUGUGAAGAAUGAACUGAAGAAGCACCAGAAAGUUCUGAGUUCAGAUUCACAAAUCUUCGAAAUGCAGAGGGAGGAUGUGGAGGUGGAUGUUGGCAUCCAAGAGGCAUUUCUGAAAAUCUUGCAGCAUUUUUUGAAGAACAUGAAGCAGGAGAAGUUGGCCAACCGUCUGCAGAGCAGAAGCCUUGCUGCACAUUGCCAGCGUGAACUGAAAUCUAAUCUGAAAAAAAAGUUCAACUGUUUGUUUGAGGGGACUGCUAAAAGUGGAAACCCAACUCCUCUGAAUCAGAUCUACACAGAGCUCUACAUCACAGAGGGAGUGGGUGGAGGGGUCAAUGAUGAACAUGAGGUCAGACAGAUUGAAAAAGCAUCCAGGACACCAAUCAAAACAGAAACGACAAUCAGAUGUGAAGACAUCUUUAAACCUUCACCUGGGAGAGAUCAACCAGUCAGAACAGUGAUGAUGAACGGAGUGGCUGGCAUUGGCAAAACAGUCUUAACACAAAAAUACACUCUGGACUGGGCUGAAGACAAAGCCAAUCAAGACAUACAGUUCACAUUCCCAUUCACUUUCAGAGAGCUGAAUGUGCUGAAAAACAAAGAGUACAGUUUGGUGAAACUACUUCAUGACCACUUCAAUGAAACCAAGGAGGCAGGAAUCUGCAAGUUUGAAGAGUUCAAGGUUUUGUUCAUCUUUGAUGGUCUGGAUGAGUGUCGACUUCCCCUCAACUUCCAAAACAAUGAGAUCUUGACUGAUGCUGAAGAAUUAACCUCGGUGGAUGUGCUGCUGACAAACCUCAUCAGCGGGAAACUGCUCCCCUCUGCUCACCUCUGGAUAACCACACGACCUGCAGCAGCCAAUCAGAUCCCGUCUGAGAUGAUUGACAUGGUGACAGAGGUGAGAGGCUUCACUGACCCACAGAAGGAGGAGUAUUUCAGAAAAAGAUUCAGAGAUGAGGAGCAGGCCGGCAGAAUUAUCUCCCAUAUCAAGACAUCACGAAGCCUCCACAUCAUGUGCCACAUCCCAGUAUUCUGCUGGAUCACUGCAACAGUUCUGGAGGAUGCCUUGAAAACUAAAAAGGUGGAUAUGCUGCCUCAGACCCUGACUGAGAUGUACGUCCACCUCCUGGUGGUUCAGUCCAAACUGAAGAACAUCAAGUAUGAUGGAGGAGCUGAGACAGAUUUACACUGGAAUCCGGGGACCAAAAACAUUAUUCUGUCUCUUGGAAAACUUGCUUUUGAGCAGUUGCAAAAAGGCAACGUGACCUUCUAUGAAUCAGACCUGACAGAGUGUGGCAUCGAUGUCAGAGCGGCCUCCGUGUUCUCAGGAGUGUUCACACAGAUCUUUAAAGAGGUGAACGGGCCAUGCCAGGAAAAGGUCUUUUGCUUUAUUCAUUUGAGUGUUCAGGAGUUUCUGGCUGCUCUUUACGUCCAUCUGAUGUUCAUCAACUCUGGAGUCAAUCUUCUGACAGAGGAACAACUGAUCUUCCAGAAGUCAACAGAAGAAAAAUCAACAAUUGAAGCAAAAUUUGCAGUGGCUCACUUCUACCAGAGUGCAGUGGACAAGGCCUUACAGAGCUCAAAUGGACACCUGGACUUGUUCCUUCGCCUCCUCCUGGGCCUUUCACUAGAAACAAAUCAGAUUCUCCUAAGAGGCUUGCAGACACAGACAGGAAGUAUCUCACAGAUCAAGCAGGAAACAGUCAGAUACAUCAAGAAGAAGAUAGAGGAGAGUCCCUCAACAGAGGGGAGCAUCAAUCUGUUCCACUGUCUGAAUGAGCUGAAUGACCAAUCUCUAUUGGAGGAGAUUCAGGGGUUCCUCAGUUCAGGAAGAAUCUCCAGUGGGAAUCUCUCUCCUGCUCAGUGGUCAGCUCUGGUGUUCAUCUUACUGACAUCAGAAAAAGAGCUGGAUGUGUUUGACCUUUGCAAAUACUCUGCUUCUGAAGGGGCUCUUCUGAGGCUGCUGCCACUGGUCAAAGCCUCCAAGAAAGCUCUGCUGAGUGGCUGUAACCUCUCAGAGAGAAGCUGUGAAGCUUUGUCCUCAGUUCUCAGCUCACAGUCUUCUAGUCUGAGAGUCCUGGACCUGAGCAACAACAACCUGCAGGAUUCAGGAGUGACGCUUCUCUCUGCUGGACUGAAGAGUCCUCAUUGUACACUGGAAACUCUCAGGCUGAGAGUGUGUAACCUCUCAGAGAGAAGCUGUGAAGCUCUGUCCUCAGUUCUCAGCUCACAGUCUUCUAGUCUGAGAGUCCUGGACCUGAGCAACAACGACCUGAAGGAUUCAGGAGUGAGGCAUCUCUCUGAUGGACUGAAGAGUACUCAUUGUAAAGUGGAAAUGCUUGGGCUGUCAGGUUGCAUGAUCACAGAGAAAGGCUGUGCCUCUAUAGCCUCAGCUCUGAGUUCCAACCCCUCCCAUCUGAGAGAGCUCGACCUGAGCUACAAUCAUCCAGGAGAGACAGAAGAGAUGCUGCUGUCUGCUGGACUGGAGGAUCCACACUGGAGACUGAACACUCUUAGGUUGGAGCCUCGCGGAGUCCGAUGGUUGACACCAGGUCUGAGGAAGUAUUUCUGUGAACUUACUCUGGAUCCAAACACGGCAAACAGAAACCUCAUACUGUCUGACAACAACAGAAAGGUGACAUGGGUCUUAAAUGACCAGUCAUACUCUGAUCACCCAGAGAGAUUUGACUACUGCUGUCAGCUGUUGUGUACGAAUGGUCUGACUGGCCGCUGUUACUGGGAGGUUGAGUGGGAGGGAGAGGAUCUUAUAUCAGUGAGUUACAGUGGUAUCAGAAGGAAAGGAGGCGUAGCCGACAGCAGGUUUGGAGGAAAUGAUCAGUCCUGGAGUCUGUGCUGCUCUGCUGGUGGUUACUCUGUCUGGCACAACAACAUAGAAAUUGUCCUGCCCUUCUCUUCCUCCUCUGACUCUAACAGAGUAUCGGUGUAUGUGGACUAUCCUGCUGGCACUUUGUCCUUCUACAAGGUCUCCUCUGACAAGCUGAUCCACCUCUACACCUUCCACUGCACAUUCACUGAACCACUCUACCCUGGGUUUGGGUUCUUGUUUGGUUUUAGAGUCUAUCCAGGUUUCUCAGUGUCUCUGUGUUCAAUGUAGAAGCUCCAAGACGUUCAGACCAACAUCAGCCCUGCAUGAAUUAUGCAGCCCUCUCAUUCAUUUGAAUGGGGCCAGUCUGGCAUAGCAGCAGGGGUGCCAACACAAAAAAACUGAACCAAGUUAAACUUUUGCUGCAACACAACCCAACGUUAUCUGGUAAAACAUUGUGGUGACCAAUCAAAUACUUCUAAGGGCAUAUUCCUGGUGAAUUAUUUUGAAACUUGAACAGCAUAUUUCUACCUUUUACCUCACAGUCGUUGAGGUACAAGAUAAAAUAAUUCUUGCUGUGAUAACUCUCUAGAGUUGUAAAAUCCUGUCUCUUAGAAAUAUAAAGUGUUAUGCAGUGUUUUGGCAUUUGAUAAGUCUUUAAACGCAUUAACCUGUUUAUUCAACUGGACUUCCUGAACUGUGUUGUCUCACUGGUACCUUAAAGAACACACUGCCACCAAUGCAACCCCCAGCGUUGUGUUAAUGCAGGGCUGUUUUUGGUCUGAAUGCCUGCUAAGAGUCUACACCCAUGAUAGCGGCUCUGCGAAGCUGUACAUAUACACGGCAAUGUUUUCAUAUCUCUGCUGAUAUUUAGGAGAGCUCGAGGGUGUCCUAACCCUGAGAGUUUUGUCACCUUUAUUACUCCCUACUUACAUAAAGCUUUUAAAUCACCAUAUAUUUACUUUUCGUAUUGUAAAACACUUAUAUUAUUUUAAAACAGCAUCAUAGUGUCUACCAGGAGAAGUCUUCCUUGCUGAAAGUAUUAAGCUUCAUAAAUCACUCUCAAGUCCUAAUCUGAUGUAUUAGUGUAUAUCCUGAAAGGUUAACUUUCAUUAUGAUUUCUAGGAAUGAUUCUGAAGUGUGUAUCUAUCUGCCAAUUUUUUUCUAUUUUUGUGGAAAGUGGCCUUAACAACCCCUGUCUACAACUCGAUAUCCCUGCUCUGUUCAUCCAAUAAAUCAAAUCUGCUUAAUUAAUCUUGUGAUCAGUUGAAUGUUGCUCUUGAAGGUUACUCUUACACUUUGUUUUAAUUAGGAGUAAGUCAGUGAAAUAUGCCUUAUUCUUCACAGUCAAGUCAUUUUCAAUGCCCCUACUGUUAUCAUUCCUUGUAUCAUUACCUAAGAUCAUGUCAAAUUUUUGUUUUGCUAAUGCCUUAAAUUAAACAGCUGUUUUUUGACUCU